UUCAAUAUUGCAUAAACAUGGGUGCAUUUUUGGAUAAACCAAAAACUGAAAAACAUAAUGCUCAUGGUGCAGGGAAUGGCUUGCGUUACGGCCUCAGCAGUAUGCAGGGAUGGAGAGUGGAAAUGGAAGAUGCUCACACAGCUGUUGUAGGUAUUCCCCAUGGCCUAGAGGACUGGUCCUUUUUUGCUGUCUAUGAUGGUCACGCAGGAUCUCGUGUUGCAAAUUAUUGCUCCACACACUUAUUAGAACACAUCACUAACAACGAAGACUUUAGGGCAACAGAAAAACCUGGAUCUGCUCUUGAACCUUCAGUGGAAAAUGUCAAGAGUGGAAUCAGAACUGGCUUUUUGAAAAUUGAUGAGUAUAUGCGCAAUUUCUCAGACCUCAGAAACGGGAUGGACAGAAGUGGCUCGACAGCAGUGGGAGUUAUGAUUUCACCUGAGCAUGUAUACUUUAUCAACUGUGGUGAUUCACGUGCUGUUCUCUAUAGGAAUGGACAGGUGUGUUUUUCAACACAGGAUCACAAACCUUGCAACCCAAGGGAGAAAGAGCGAAUCCAGAAUGCAGGAGGCAGUGUAAUGAUUCAGCGUGUCAAUGGUUCGUUGGCAGUUUCUCGAGCUCUGGGGGACUAUGACUACAAAUGUGUUGACGGUAAAGGCCCUACAGAACAACUUGUUUCUCCAGAGCCUGAGGUUUGUGAAAUUUUAAGGGCAGAAGAAGAUGAGUUUAUCAUCUUGGCCUGUGAUGGAAUCUGGGAUGUAAUGAGCAAUGAAGAGCUCUGUGAAUUUGUUAAGUCUAGACUUGAAGUAUCAGAUGACCUGGAAAAAGUGUGCAAUUGGGUAGUGGACACUUGUUUACAUAAGGGGAGUCGUGAUAACAUGAGUAUUGUACUAGUUUGUUUUGCAAAUGCUCCUAAGGUCUCAGAUGAGGCAGUGAAAAAAGACGCUGAGUUGGAUAAGUACUUGGAAUCACGGGUUGAAGAAAUUAUGGAAAAAUCGGGUGAAGAAGGAAUGCCUGAUCUUGCUCAUGUUAUUCGUAUUUUAACGGCAGAGAAUAUCCCUAAUUUACCACCAGGAGGUGGUUUAGCUGGCAAGCGUAAUAUUAUUGAAGCUGUGUAUAGUAGGCUGAAUCCACACAGAGAGAAUGAGGGGGGUGCUGGUGAUCUAGAAGAUCCGUGGUAGCCUUACAAAUCUACUAAAAUGCUUUUGAUUCUGAAAGGGGGAAAAAACUCUUAAAUCUGUUUUCUUCAAUACAAGGGAAAAAUUCUGGUGGAUUUCCAACAUUCUGUGAAAUGGGCAGAAAGAUAUUAGAAUUUUCCAUCAUUUGUUCAUUUUUGUGUUUUCUGAUAUUGCCACUCUUAGCAUUGCCUGUACUACAGUAUUUUCACCAGCCUCAGGCAAAACUGGUUACAUCUGUAAUGAACUGUGGCCCUAAGAAGGAAGGAAGGAGAGAUGCUCUCAGCAGAUGGGUGUAUGUACCUGAGGUGUGUGGGAUUGUAGGUGUCCUCUGAAGAUACACUGUGGCUAAGUGAAAUGUGCAACACAUAAGCGUGAGAGAGUACAAGUACUUGUUUGAGACGUUACUUAUUUCACUUUACCGAGUUGGAAGGCUUUGCACCUCUGUGGCUUGGAAGUAAUUUCAAUUGGGCAAUAUGCUAUCAGAUGUUUUGGUUUUUUUUUUUAAUUUUCCGGUUUUACCUGUAUUACCAGACCGUUAGGUUUCCCUGCGGUGUCCAAAUUGUGAUAUGUUGCCUACUGCUUGCUUGAAGAUAAGUGUAUUUGGCAAUAAUAUAUAAAGAUUCUAGGCAUCUAAAAACAGUAAGAAUUUUACGCAUGUGUACAACACACCCUUAAACUCUUGCUAGAGAAAAUCUUUUAAAACCAAACUGAUGAAUUUGUAGUUAGUAGUGACUUGCUUUGACAUCUCUCACAGCUGCAGGUUUUUAAAAAAUGCUGAAAAUUUGCCUUUAUUAUAAUGUAAAUUGUGAUUAUUUUUUGUUCUAUAUGUGGUUUUCUAUAGUUUUUUGAUUUUUUUUUUUCAGCUUAAGAUACAGACAGAAGUCUUGUGUAAUAUGGGUAUAAUUUUUAAUUGUUUGCAUUAUUUUCAAAGUUCAAAUUAUCACUUUGAGAUUACUAUAAAUACACUUAAAAUUAUCUAUUUUAAAUUAAGAAAAUAUUAGAGAUAUUUUCAUGGGUUCAAUGACCUUUCAUUUUAUAAGCAAUGGGCAUGGUACAGAGUGGCUGUCAUGUAAGGUACUUGAAGAUUCUUAGUUUAAUUCUAUUUUUGCAAUAACCUUGACUUUUUUUUCUGACUUCUUUGAGUUGUGCAUGUAAUGAGUCCAGUAAAUGCUGAAAAUGGGAAGAGUAUUUAUCUAAAAUAAAAGCUAUUGGGGAGGGGAAACAAUGAAUGUAUCCAUCUGUACAUGAUUUACAUGCUGUGGAUGCCUUGUAAACAUUUUCCUAUUUGUUUAAACUGUGUUUCAGCGAGGAUGUAAUUGCCCUUGUGUGUAGUUUUAAGCUAAUGACAGUCAUCAACUGGUUUUGUGUGAAAUGGAAUUCAUGGUAUUUUUCUGUAACUUUA